GUGUUUAAGCAGUGACACCGAUGUGGAGAAAAUAUAGAAAUAAUGAGACAGUAGAUUAAAAUUAUGCCUGACCAGCCUGAUCUUCUGCGGUUACUGAGUGGAGAACAUGGGAAACUCUUCAGAGGGUUUGAUGGACAAUACUUUGAAUUGCUCCAUUAAUCAUGACAUACACCAGACCUUGUCGCCUGUGGUGUACAUACUUGUCUUUAUAAUAGGACUCCCAGCAAACUGUCUUUCAUUGUACUAUGGCUACUUGCAGGUCAAGGCCAAGAAUGAACUUGGAAUCUACCUUUGCAAUUUGACCAUAGCAGAUUUGCUUUAUAUUUUUUCUUUGCCCUUUUGGAUACAGUAUGUUUUACAGCAUGAUAAUUGGACUUAUGAUGAACUCUUAUGCAAAAUCUGUGGCAUCCUCCUGUAUGAAAAUAUCUACAUCAGCGUGGCUUUCCUUUGCUGUAUUUCAAUUGACCGUUAUCUGGCUGUGGUACACCCUUUUCACUUCCAUCAGUUUCGGACAAUGAAGGCUGCUACAGUUGUGAGCAUCGUUAUUUGGGCCAAGGAAAUUUUGACUUGCUGGCUCGUUUUUACACAUGGGGAAGUGAGUAAAGAUUCUGAGAGCCACAUGGUGUGCUUUGAGCAUUAUCCUAUUAAAAAUUGGGAACAUAACAUGAAUUUUUACCGAUUUGCCGCUGGUUUCUUCUUUCCAUUUUUAUUGCUAAUUUUUUCUUACUAUGGAAUUCUUCGUGUUGUCCGCAAGAGUCAUGGCACUCAGAAAAGAAAGAAGAUUCAAAUUAAACGUUUGGUUUCAAGCACAAUGAUCAUUUUCAUGGUUUGCUUUGGACCAUAUCAUGUUCUGUUAUUGAUACGCAGCCUCUUUGAGACAAGCUGUGAUUUCGCUGGCAGAAUCUUCAACGUUUACCACAUUUCUCUUUUGUUGACUACUUUUAAUUGUGUUGCAGACCCAAUAUUGUAUUGCUUCUCCAGUGAGAAUACUUAUCAGGAUUUUGCUAAAAUACGAAACACUUGUUCAAAGCACUUCAAAUGCUGGAAGAUGGAAACAGAAACCAAAGAAUCCUAUCCCAUGAGUACGCCAGAAACUGUCAAAAAACUCAGGGGGAAGGUUGAUGUUGACUCAGAGUUGUUGAGUAAAGUACAAGUUGCUCAUGAAAUGGAAGAAUGA